CUCACCUUAGAGAGAGAGGUCUAGUUUUGCUUCUGGUUAUUUUUUUCUACAAUCUUAAUUUCCUUAUGGUAAAAAGCCACAUAAACAUGUCCAGAUUAAACUCAGAUUAACUUGCAGUGUUUCAGGUUUGCUUUCUGCUGCUUUGUUAAAAAAAAAAAAAGUGUAAGUUAGACCACAGCGGUAGGGGGAGGGUUUCUGUUUGAGUGAACUCACCCGUCCUUCAUCCUUCAAACAUUUCUGCUGUUAGUGAAGAUGGAAAUACUUUUGCUGCGUCUGCUAUUUCUGACCUCACUGCUGUGCAGCCCAACACACCAAGCUCGUCUGGUUAUGGAUCACAGCAGCACUCAGCUCUUUGAAGGAACCCCAGUGACUCUGAGAUGUGAGGAACUAGACACCUAUGAAGGAUGGACUGUGAAGAGAAACACAACCAAGCGGCUGUCUACGUGUGGAGAUGGGUGGGGGAAAUGGAAAUGGAACACUUCUUCUUGUGCCAUAGGAUACAUCUUUGCACAUGACAUGGGGGUUUACUGGUGUGAGUCCAGAGAGGGAGCAGCCAGCAGCAGCAUCCAGCUCACUGUCACUGGUGGAUCAGUGAUCCUGCAGAGUCCUGUCCACCCUGUGAUGGAGGGAGAUGACGUCACCCUGAUCUGUCGGAAUAAGACCACCUCUAACCUCACAGCUGAUUUCUUUAAAGAUGGCUCCUUCAUUGGCCAAGAACCUUCAGGCAACAUGACCUUCCAAAGUAUUUCCAGGACUGAUGAAGGUCUCUACCGUUGUAAUAUCAAUGGUCAGGGAGAGUCUCCAUCCAGCUGGAUCUCUGUUACAGCCAAACCAGUAAAGUCCCCAACAUCCCAAGCACCACCCUGUGCCUCAGGCCCCCUCCAACUAAUGUACACGGUUGGGCGCCACCUGGUGGUGUUUGUGCCAUACUUCAUCUCCACCAUCCUCAUGGUGUCUCUGUAUCAAGUCAGAGCACCAGAAAACAAGGUGACCUUCGCAGUGGACCACGCCCCGCCCACAGAGACUGAGCAGGAAAUGGAUGUGAAGAUUGAAAUGAGCACAAAGAAUUAAAGGUUCCUGUCUGAUUUUAGAUAAUUUUAUUAAGUGUUUGAAUAAUACUGUAGCUUCCUCUCUUUCUAAAGAGAUACCGUG